AUGCCAGCUUCUGUAGGGCCUCCAGCUGUUGCUGCAGCCAACGUAAUCACCAUUCCAUUUUUUGCUCGUAUUCUUCUAUUUCGUGUUUUCGUCGUGAUAGGUCUAAAAGUUCUAGCGAUAAUUAUCAUCGUGAUAGUCGUAAUAGUUCUCGUUAUGAUGGAUGCCGCUCACCACGUGACCGAUACCUUUCUAGAAAGUCGUCCUGUGAUGGAACUUCUAUAUGCUAUUCCUCUUCAUCGUAUUAUUCACGCUCACCAUCUAAACACCAAUACAGCGACAGAGACUACUAUCAUAUCAGUCUCGCCGCAACUCUUCACCAUAUCGUCGAUCUGA